UCGAAGCCUAAAAGUGGACCGAUUUUGUUUUCCCUCUUCCGUCGCUACUGAUUCCUCUAGGUUACUCGUACUUCUCAAGAUCUGCAUCAAAUCAAUCGCCAUGGUUCUACUGCAGCUAGACCCUUUUCUCAAUGAACUUACCAGCAUGUUUGAGCGUAGUACCGAGAAGGGUUCAGUGUGGGUUACUCUAAAACGAUCGUCACUGAAGUCCAAGGUGCAGAGAAAUAAAAUGACCACUGCUGGUCAACCUAUUGAGUACAGGUGCCUCAUCCGUGCAACUGAUGGGAAGAAGACAAUUUCAACUUCAGUUGGAGCAAAAGACCACCUGAGAUUUCAAGCUUCCUAUUCAACCAUUCUUAAAGCCCACAUGACUGCUCUUAAAAAGAGAGAGAGGAAGGACAGGAAGAAGGCACCAGAGGCAGAGAAGGAUUCGAAGAAGAAACCCAGGAAAGUAUGAGGGGAGGUUCUCUUGCUUUUGUAGGUUUCUCAAACUAGGGUAACUUCCUUUUCUUCGUUACGCUUUUGUUUUCACAAUGACUUCGAUCCUUUGACCUGAUGAGUGUUAUGCUUCCCCCUGAUUUCUAGGAAAAUGCAGAGGAAAGAAGGGGAGAGGUAGAAUUUUUGGAAUUUCAGGAAUUGAAAAACACUUGAUUCUGUCAUUUGUUUAGCCUUUUCUUUUUCCUUAGAAAAUAUUUGAAAUAUACAUGUGAUUUUGCUGUGGAA